AGUUGGUCAUCAAACACUACCAAUCUCCUUGAUUGUAUAUGGACACCUCCUAUAAACACACUCACCCUCUCCACCAUCCAACAACCAAGAAACAAGUUUGAAGAACAUUAAUCCAUUCGGAGUCCCUUUUUAGCAGGCUAAUGAUGGGUUCGAGAGGGUUUGGCUCCGUUCUAGCCAUUGUGGUCAUAGCCGGGGUCCUCAGCGGAGGAGUGAGGGGGCAGGGGAAUGGGUGCACGACCAGCCUUGCGAGCCUGGCUCCGUGCCUGACUUAUAUAACCGGGAACUCGACGGCUCCGUCCCAAACCUGCUGCUCGCAGCUCGCAGGAGUGGUGAGAUCGUACCCGCAGUGCCUCUGCUCAGUCGUCAACGGUCCUAUCCCCAACAUCGGCAUCAACAUCAACCAGACCCUCGCCCUCCAACUCCCCGGCGCCUGCAACGUUCAGACUCCUCCCCUCUCUCAAUGCAACGCGGCCGCAAAUGGACCAACGGCUUCAACUCCGCCGGCGGAGUCACCGGCUGAAGAAAUGCCGGGCGCUGCAGCCGCCCCAACCUCGUCGCCGGAGGUUCCUUCAGGAAGCGGAGGAAGGUCGAAGACGGUUCCAUCCACCGGAGCAGCUGGUGCUGGUUCCUCCGCCGGAAACGUGGCCGCAGUGCCACUGAAUUUGCUUCUACUUGCUCUCUCUCUUGUCGUUCUUACCAAAUUCUGAUAUUUCAUCCUCUCGUUUUUUUUUCUAUUAAAUAAAUAAAUGGGUAAAUGUCGCGAGGGAUUGUUUUGUAUUGUAAUAUUGUGCUACUUUUUACAUGCCGGAUUCGAAAUCAUGUAUUACAGUCGUUCUUACCAAAUUCUUAUUGGAUUCCAUCUUCGUUUA